AUGAAUAUAAAGUCUAAGACAUUGAAGAAUCCAAUCAGAGCAAAUGAUCUCAAUACAUACCACAGCGGAGACCUUGGUUUAUACGUCCUUCGGACUUUCAAGACGUUUCUCAACUCAGCUGCUUCACAGAGCUCGGCGGAUAGCAUACCAUACCGCAGGAAGGAAACUUUAAAAGAAAAUGUUCCAUGUACUGAUAAGAUUUUACCAGGACCCUCACCCGCUACAGUAGCAACACAGUACCUACUUCAUGAUCAAAGCCGAGUAAUCCAAGACUUUGAGGAUGCCGCAUCGCCGAGCAACAUCGACAACGAGGAGAUGCGCCAACUAUCCGCCUUGACUAAACAAGAAGAAUUCAAAGCCUGGCUACAAGAAGACAGCAAAGCUACAAAGCUCCUCAUACACGGCGGCCUCGACGACAGCAGUACCAUCUCCGCGCUCACCUACCUCUGCGCACGUAUCCCCAUGGAAUACCUCCGGAAAACUCGCUCUGGAUUCAUAUGCCUCCACUACUUCUGCAGCCUGCAAAGGGCGCGUCGUGAAGGCUGCGCCGACGCAUUCGACAUCGUGCGCAGUCUCUGCGGUCAGCUUCUUACGCACGCCGAGUUAGCAUCUGACUUCGACCUAAGCUUCCUCGACAAAAAAUGGCUGCAGGGGAUCCGCGAACAGAACUUCGUCAAAACGUGCCAGUUAUUCCUGCGUCUCUUAAAGCAGCUUGACAGGAAGAAAGUGAUGGUAUUCUGCUUUAUAGAUUCUAUCUCGCUCUACGAGACAGGCAACCUGCGGCACAAUACCGAGAGGCUCUUUUCCUCGCUUGAGGAGUAUUCCAAGUCCCAAAGACGCCGGCAAAGGGGGAUUCUUCGUGUCGGGAAAGCGGAGAACGCCAAUGUCGACGAGAGUCUUUUCGUGGUUUUCCUUUUUGUAGAUGAGUGCCUCGAGAGAGUUAAUGGUUGCUCCCGUCUGGGCAACGAUAUUGGCGAGGAUAGUGAUGUUAAUCUGGGUCGACUCGCGAAUAUCCGCGUCGUUUAUGAGGUUUACGAACCAUGA